AUGUUAGAACUUGAUUUGGACUAUUACCGAUUGAAACUACAAGUUUUGGGUAACUUGGCCUAUCUCGUUAAUAUGCAAAAGAGUGCCACAUUCUUAAAGGCUCAUAGUAGGUUCACUGAUUUCAUUUUUACACUUGAAACCAUUUUAGAUCCUGAAAUUAAAAGGGAUAAACUAAAGUCAGCUCAUAUUCUACCGAAACUCCAGAAUAUGAAUGAUGGUCUUAAUCCUGAUGUACCUGAAUUACAAUCGUACUCGCAUAGAUUAAGUAAGCAGGAAUUAAAUGAACAUCCAGAUCUUCUUCAAAAACCCGAAAAACAUCCCAAAGAACAUAGAGAUCCGGUUGUAAGAGAUAAGUUUUUGCCUCUCAGUCAAAGAGGAAGAGAGAUACCUCAUGAAAAGGUCGACAAAUUCCAAUCUACUGUUAAAAUAAAACCAAGAAAAAAUAGCAAACCACAAAUGACUGCUCAAAGAAAAGGAGAAGGACACAAAAAGGAAGAAGAAACACAAGAUCAGAACAAACUUACAACUUCUGUACCAAAUCUCCAACAACAACUCGAAGCUCUUAAAUUGAAAGAAGGUGAAGUCAAUCAACAAAUAGAACAAGAUAAGGACAAAAAGGUAGAACAAAAUGUAAUGCCACAAAGUACAGAAAAUGAUGAAAAUGAUGAUACACAAACAUCUCCACUAAAAAGAACAGUAACUCUUGCCGACUUGACAAGAAUAGAUGGAAAUGAACAAAACAAAGAUGAUCAACGUUCGAAGAAUCCGCUUGAGAGAAGGGACAGUUUUGGGGAAACUUUUAAAAUCACACAAACACCUCAAGUGAUUAAAAUUGACAAACAACGUCCAAACACCCCAAUUGUUGGAGUACCGAUUACACCAAAAGAAAUUCAAGUAAAAUAUAAAACUUAUCCAGAAAAACGAGGAGACAAGUUGUCCUUAAGUGGAUACCAAGACGAAAAAGCAAAAUCCAAUGAAAAAGAUUCUUCUGAUGUAAAUCAAAAAGGAGAAGAUGAAACAACAAAUACUGAUAUUUGGCAAAGAAGGAGUUCUUUUAAAGUUCCAAGCCAAACAGUAGAAGAACAUAGACAAAGGGCUAGUUCUUUAAAAACACCAAAAGAAUUUGAAAGAGACCAGAUGAGACGACAUUCGUUAAGUCUUGAAACUCAAAAAGAAAAACCAAAACAAAGGGGCUCGAUAAAGAAAUUAAAAAGAGUCUUUUCGUUCUCAAAACAAAAAGGAAACAAGGAAGAUAAAAAAGAAAAAAGUGACGAUGAGUGGUAA